GACGCAUGCUUUCUUUUCUAGGAGAUAGGAAGAGGGCUGGGGUGUCAUAUAUGUAGGGUGUCCGGUAAACUGUCCACCCUUCAGCAAUUUAAUGCACGCCUAUUUGUGUGCAAAUGACAUGUUUCGACUGCACUUUCAAUACAGAUCAUAGAAUACCACAAGCCUAAAUUUGGAGUAUUUGGUUUCUCAUUUUUUAGUUCCUGUGAGGUGCUGGAUGUGAACAGUCACUGCUGGUAGCCUUUCGGAAGCAUGUGCAAUGAUACAUGUAUCACUUUCAGUGCAAUGUCCACCAUCGGUCUCCCUGUACUUUAUGGGCUGAUGUUAUUACCAAGCGCUUCUGGAAACCUCAUCUCCCUGUGGAUUUUUAGCAGACUAGGACGCAGAUCGUCAACGCACAUAUAUCUCAUAAAUCUUGCCAUUUCCAACAUGGUUGUGACUAGUGGCAUGCCCUUCCAAAUUUCUUUUUAUGCAUAUGCACUUUACUUGCCAUACAAGUCUAAAGUAUGUACCAUUGUACUGCAAACCACAAACAUUCUGACACACUGCAGCAUGUGCGUUAGCAUCACCAUUUUCUGCUGGAUCGCCAUCAGCCGAUACGCUACUCUUGUGCGAUACAAACAACGGGCACAGGACACAUCUUCAUAUGAAAAAAUCAUGUUCGGCCAAAUACUAAAAGCUUUUCGGAACCCUAAAAUCGCUGGUUAUCUGUGUUUCUGCGUGUGGAUCGCUUAUUUGCUCCCAACGUUUGCAUUGUUCUUAUUUAAAAAUUAUUCUGAAGGAGACAACUGCUGCUCCUAUGAAGCUGAAUUUGGUCAAGAAAGGUCGCAGAUCUCUUCGGUUACACAGUCGACAUGUUUCUUCUUGUUUUUCUUCAUUGUGUUACUGUUUUAUGGGUUCUUUAUCAAGCAUAUAAAAAAGCUACAAACCAACAGCUGUAUAGAUGAAAAGCAUUUAGUUCACCAAAGGGUAAAAAAAAAUCUUGCUGUGAUAAUGGUUUUACUUCUGGUCACUUUUGCUCCUUACCAUCUGAUCAAAUUUUUCCUUGUGGGACAAUACUACUCAGGGGAAUGCCAAGAGCUGAGAGUACUGACGGAAAUUAAAAACUACUGCCUUUGCCUAGCCGAGUUCAGAAGUUGUACCGACCCCAUCGUUUAUUUUUGCUUAGACGAGUCUUUUCAGAAGACUAUCCAACGUUUCCUUCAAAGAAAUGCCACCGGUGAAAAGGAGGAUUCAAAUAUGAACAGACUUACAAAUACACAAACCCCAACCGUGACGGGGAGAGUUAUGCCCACUACAGCUAUUGAAAGCUGCGGCUGAAAACUGUUAAAAAGCAUAGAUCUAUAAAGGAUUUGGAGAUCCAGUUAAAGUGUACCUGUGCCCAGUCUAUGGUCAUUAACCACUUCAUUACCGGGCACUUUCACCCCCUUGUUGCCCAAGCCAAAACUCCGCUUUCAGCGCGGUAGCAUUUUGAAUGAAAAUUGCGCAGUCAUGCAACACUGUACCCAUAUGACAUUUUGAGACAUAUAGAGCUAUA